CAGCAAACUUUUCACUACAAUUCUACACUUUGGGAGAACAAAGACACCUUUGACGUUGACGGCGGAAAGACUGGCUUUGACACCCGAGAGACAAAACUUCCCUCCUACUGGAACACGUCCUUUUCUAAGAUUUGCCUCGGUAUGAAGAUUAACAACCAGAUCAAUUUUAUUGAAUUCAACGAGAGCGCCAGUUCCUUGCAUUCACUGAUCGCUGACGGACAAUACCUUUCUAUUUCACUGGGUCGUGACACGUGGUUUUCACUGAUUGUCUCUGGCGCCUCCUUCGAUGACCACUGUAACAGAGAAGGGUUCAACGCCGAGUGCACCUGGGCAAACCGCUCCAAAGCAAGAAUCGGUAUUCUUGGUAACAAUGAAGAGGACUGCACCUCAUGUAACUCUAGGGUCGGGUUUGGUACUGGCGGAGAAAACGACGACUCCAACACCUGUGGAAACCACGCUUCCAACAAAAACAUAAAGGCCUUUGGGUAUAUAUUUGUGCAGUAA